UUUCGAUAUACAAAUAAUGAUUUCAUUUGCCGACAAGGAUUUCAUGGAUAAACAAUAACGCAGGGAGUAUUUUCAAUUAAACAAUGGAUUGUGAUACAGUGUCAUCAAUUAGAGAGAAACCCUAAAAAUGCAUUUCUGGUUUUUGCUAAUAUUAACACUCGGUGUAGAUGUUGCAGCACAAUCGAGCAAAGAUGCCUUCUUAACACGCAAUUUCAAAAGAAAAGAGAUGCUAAAGCAGCAGUUUUCAAGAAAGGCAACAUUCAGUAAAACAGAUUACAGUCAAAAUGACACAAAAGAAGAUGAAAACAAGAAGAUUAGCAUUGCUCAUAGUUUUGAAACUGGCGAUUCUAGUAACAAACACAAUACAAAUAACACCGCAAUCGUGCCAACUAACAACCUUUCAGAAAGAGAUGAAGAAAUGGAACAUGCAAACUUUUUGACUUCAGAGGAAGAAAAUGAGUGCAAUAUAUCGAUUGCAAAAAGAAGUAUUCAGUAUUUUCAGAGCCAGCUUCUGACAAAUGAACCGCAUUUUGUUCAGUUUCGAAUUCGCCUUACCGGAGACACAAAGCAUACAUCCUUAAAAGAUGUGUUUCAAGGUGGAAGAUGGUAUUGGACCUACAACACAUCCACUGGACCUUUCCCUUUCCUAUCUUGGAAUUUAGACUAUGGUUUACUCACGUUCGGACUUCUAGAUGCAAAAACUAUUCACAUUCCAUACGUUUAUCUCACUGUGACUUCCGGUUGUAGCAUUGAAUACGGAUCGAAUCUUACAUCUUCCCAAAUAACAAAGGCACUUGUCUCUUUAGUCAAUUUUACAGAAUUAAAGCACGAUUAUAUCGAAUAUCGUGAAAGCUACUUUUGUUACCUAGUUAUCAACACAAAUCUACUGGGAACGCUUAGAUACUAUGCAGCUCAGUAUCUUAUAUAUCCAUGUUCAUACAUACAUUAUAAAUGUUGCACAGUGAAUUAUAAUUACACGAGUCAGAAACUUUAUCAUUCCUGUCCAGAGGGAAACAUACCAGGAGUUCGUACAUGGACUCAAACUUCUCAUGUGCCUUUUAUUUUGGAAAUUUUAUUACUAGCGUUUUGGCCAAUAACCAUGUUUAAGUUUUUUGCUUGGACUGCUAAACGCGACAGAAUCGUUGGGAAUGACUUUGAACAACAUGCUGAAACUUCCGUCGAGGGUUUCGAAAUAAUUGAAGAGGAAGAAAAUUGGAUUUACGCUGAUGGAAUAAAUUCACCUUUAACAUUUUAUGACCUGUUCAGCUUUGACGUUUUAGGACUUUAUAAUGAAUAUCCUAUUCUUACGUCAAGACUACGUCGACUGCUUUGUCUUAUGUUUGCACCAUUGCUAAUUUACAUUCAGAUUGCAUGGUAUAGUAGAGGAUUGGGUGUGUGGGAUGACGAUGAUAAGAUAACUGUGAAAGAUUUAGUAGAAGUUGGGUCGCCGAUGGGAUUCCUUUCGUUAUUGGUGGAUCCAGGAAACAAACAUAAAACCUUUGUCCCUGGCCUUGGAGGUCCAUUGGCUAUUUCAGUUAUGUAUUUUACAUUUGGUUUCUUAUUUAUAGUACUUCCACGUUGCUUAAAACAAAUAGUUGAAGAUGGUUUGGCAAAUUCAAACCUUUAUAUUCCAUCUCCUUUGUUCUUUGGGUAUAAGGAAAUUGUGAAAAUGUCACAGAUAAAAGUAGAACCAGAUCAUCUUAAACCUGGAUACACAAAAGGAUCAACUCUGAUGAAAUGUAGUUUUUAUUUACUUUUUACAACGAAAUUCUGGAUUAGGGUAUGGCGAAUUCAGACACGACGAGUUUCUUGUUUUGGUGAAGGUACAAAUACAUGUUUUUAUGCAGCGUUCGCUAUUUUUGCUUUGCCUUUUUAUAUAGUGUUCUGCAUUAUUGAAGUUAUCAUGUGCCUUCUAUACUACGGAUUACCAUUUGUUUUUUCGUGGUGUUAUGGUAAAAGGAGCAACAAGGGCUCUUGGAUACUUAAAAUAUCAAAGCAGGUUUCUAUCUUGGGUAUUUAG